AUGAAACUUCUAAGGCCAUUAUGGGUUUUGCGGCCCAGUCGCAAGAAGAAGCUUAAUCGUAGUGUCAGCACUUGGUCUCCAUUGGCCACUGCCUUUAACACCCGGCCUACUUUAAGGCCUUUAUUUGAAUCAAUGCGAGAGAGAACUGGAUUAUUCAAUAAGCCAGAAUUAGUAACCUUUGAGGGAUUCUAUGUGUUAAGAGAUCAAGCAAUUUCAACCACAGACCGUUUGAUUGAUGAAGCUAUAUCCAACCCUUCGAGACCUAUGGUGGAAAUCUUUGAUGAGCUAUCUGACACGCUGUGCAAAGUGGCAGACCUUGCUGAAUUUGUGAGGAUAGCUCAUCCACAGUCACACUUUGCUAGUGCAGCAGAGGAAGCAUGUAUCAGUGUCAGUGGUGUGGUGGAGAAGUUAAACACUCACAAAGGCCUAUAUGAAGCUUUACGUAACUCUGUCCGUCAAGGUACAUCAGGCGACCAGCAUUUAGCGGAGCUCUUCCUUUUCGACUUCGAACAGAGUGGCAUACAGUUGCCUGAAGAACGACGCCGGCGGGUAGUGGGACUCAAUGAUCUGAUUCUGCAGACUGGACAGAGAUUCAUGGCUGGGGCUGCUAAACCUAGAAGAGUACCAAGAUUAGCUGUACCACAGAAUGUUAGACAAUUUUUUAGCAGCGAAGGGGAAGAUAUAAUAGUGAGUGGCGUAUACGCAGAAUGUGCGGAUGCUGCCGCGAGAGAAGCGGCCUAUAGACUGUACCUGGCGCCAGAUAAGAGACAGCACGAGCUGUUGACCACCACGCUUGACGCGAGGCACGAGAUGGCUUCCAUUUGUGGCUUCAAUAGCUACGCCGACAGGGCUAUUAAAGCCAGUACAAUGGAGACUGCCUCAAACGUGCGUCAGUUCCUGGAUAUACUCUCAGACAAUUUACACGACCGGGCGAAAAUGGAUUUUGACGCGAUGCUCCAGAUGAAGAAACAAGAAACUCCAUAUUUGGACAAGCUCAUGUGCUGGGACACACCAUACUUCACACAUAAAGCAAAGACUCAGUUGCUGAACGUGGCUAAUUCGGACUUCAGCCCUUACUUCUCGCUAGGAGGGUGUAUGGAAGGGUUGAAUAUGCUUUGCGAAGAGUUAUAUGGUAUCAGUUUAAAGUCUGAAGAUAUGAUGCCUGGUGAAUCAUGGUCCCCGGAUGUGUAUAAACUAGCUGUAGUGCAUGAAUCUGAAGGGUUACUCGGCCACAUCUACUGUGAUCUGUACGAGCGGCCCGGCAAGCCGCAUCAAGAUUGUCAUUUCACGAUACAGGGUGGGAAACUAUUGCCCGAUGGUUCUUAUCAGAACCCGAUAGUGGUGGUGAUGCUGUCGCUGAGCGGAGGGCACCGCUCGGGCCCGGCGCUGCUGUCGCCGGGCGGCGUGGACAACCUGUUCCACGAGCUGGGCCACGCGCUGCACUCCAUGCUGGGCCGCGCGCAGCACCAGCACGUGGCCGGCACGCGCUGCGCCACCGACCUGGCCGAGGUGCCCAGCGUGCUCAUGGAGUACUUCGCCAGCAGUCCCGAGGUGGUUCGUAGAUUCGCCCGCCACUUCCAGACGCGGGAGCCGAUGCCAGAAGAUAUGAUACACAGACUGUGCGCUUCAAAAUAUCUCUUCGGCGCCAGUGAAAUGCAGUUGCAGGUGUUCUACUCAGCGUUGGACCAGCACUACCACGGACAGAACGCAUCAUCUGGUGGACGGACAACAGAAGUGUUGCAGCAAGUACAAAAACAAUAUUACGGACUGCCCUAUGUAGAGAAUACGGCGUGGCAGCACCGCUUCAGCCACCUGAUAGGCUACGGCGCCAAGUACUACUCGUACCUGAUCUCGCGCGGUAUCGCGUGGAGCGUGUGGCACGCGCACUUCGCGCGCCGCCCCCUGGCGCGCGGCGCCGGCGAGCGCCUGCGCCACCGCCUGCUGCGACACGGCGGCGCGCUGCCGCCACAGGUGCUUCUUCGUGACUACUUAGACACAGAAAUAACUCCAAAUAAACUAGCGAAUGCCCUCGCUGAAGAGUUGGACUACCACAAGGACCACUUGGAUACUGUGUUUAAAAUUUUAGAUAAAUGA